UAAAUAUCGGGGCUAAUUAAGUAUAAGUCCUGAAUCUCGUGAUUCGAGCAUUGGACGCCAGUUUUAUGUCAUUACUGCUUCUUCUCAUUUAAGAUCCAAGCAGACGAGGAGUCACUCGGACUAGAGCCUCCGUCAAGCAGCAGUCACGGGAAAAAGCUCCGAUCGAUAAUCGAAUUCUCCGAUCAGAUCCGAAGAUGAACGACGCAGAUGUCUCCAAGCAGAUCCAGCAGAUGGUCCGAUUCAUCCGCCAAGAAGCUGAAGAAAAGGCCAAUGAGAUCUCUGUCUCUGCCGAAGAAGAAUUUAAUAUAGAGAAGUUACAACUGGUGGAAGCAGAGAAGAAGAAGAUCAGACAAGAGUACGAGCGUAAAGAGAAGCAAGUUGAAGUUCGAAAGAAAAUUGAGUACUCCAUGCAGCUCAAUGCUUCUCGCAUCAAAGUUCUUCAAGCUCAGGAUGAAGUGGUUAACACCAUGAAAGAGGCAGCAUCAAAGGAGCUCCUGCAUGUGAGCCAUGGCCAUUUGCAUGUAAUCCACGACCACCAUCAGUACAGAAAACUUCUGACAGAUCUCAUUGUUCAGAGUUUGCUCAGACUUAAAGAGCCUGCUGUCUUAUUGCGCUGUCGGAAUGAUGACGUAAAUAUAGUGGAGUCUGCGUUGCACCCAGCAAAGGUGGCAUAUGCGGAGAAAGCAAAUGUUCAUCCACCAGAGAUUAUAAUUGACAAAGUCCACCUACCACCAGCUCCAUCGCAUCACAAUGCCCAUGGUCCUUUCUGCUCUGGAGGUGUAGUGUUAGCUUCUCUGGAUGGAAAAAUUGUUUGCGAAAACACCCUCGAUGCAAGGUUGGAUGUUGUAUUCCGUAAAAAACUUCCUGAGAUCCGCAAGUGGCUUUUUGUUCAGGUUGCUGCAUGAUUGAUGCGAGUGAUUUUGUAGUCAUCGCACUCUUGUCUGUCAGAGCUUUCAAAAUUUUAAGAUUGGUUUUUGACUGGAGAACUCUCAUUGCUUGUUUGUGCACGUCAUAUUCAUUCUUUCAUCUUCCAGUUAUUUCUGUACUUUGUUGCAUUUGUGAAGCUUUUAUUGCCGUGUUUUUUAUUUCGCCGCCCCACCGGACUUGGUAAAGUACUUAUUUGUUGAAGUAAUAUUUCUUAAAUUUCAAACCUAUGGUGUAUUUUGUUAUACUUUGUACGAAUAAGUGUAAGUUGAUCGGACCAGAGAUUUUUUGCCAUGGUAAUUUUUCUUGCAGGUUCUUUUUUGCCAAUUAGAUGU